GAGAGGUAUUUCCAAAUGCAAGAAUUUCAAGCGAUGGGGAGUGGAGGAGGAGGAGCUCGGGUGUUUGGGGGAGAUCGGAGAAUGCGUUUGCAGCCGAACCAAGCCUUGAAAUGCCCACGCUGUGACUCCAUCAACACCAAAUUCUGCUACUACAACAACUAUAACCUCUCUCAACCUCGUCAUUUCUGCAAGAACUGUCGGAGGUACUGGACCAAAGGGGGUGUCCUCCGUAACGUUCCCGUCGGGGGUGGCUGCCGCAAAACAAAGCGGUCCAAACCCAAACCUAACCCAAAACCAGAGGAGGAGAGGAAAUCAACGACUUCGCAUUCUAGCAGCGAGAGUUCCAGCCACACAACCACGACGAAUGAAGUAGCUUCUGCGCCUUCGUCAUCGAGCUCUGCUUCAGCAGUAACAGCAGGUUUGCUCAAUUUCCAUGAUUCGAGUCUGUUUGUCACUCAGAACCCUAACCUGAAUACAGAUUUCGAGCCGCCGUUGUUGGAUAACCUCGAGCAAGCGUCGGACGGUGGGAUUUUCACGGAGAUCGGGAGCUUUUCGAGCUUGAUGGCAGCUUCGAAUCCGACAUGUGUGGGGUUUAAUUUCUCCGAUAUAUCGCCGUUUCGGUUCCAUCACCAACAGCAUCAACAACAAGAAGAACAAGACCAGAAGAUAGUGAGCAUGAGUGAGGAGAUGAAGUUACCAGAAUUAACAACGGGGUUCAUGGAUCAGACGGUGCCGGACAACAUGGCUGAGAUGCAGAGCCGGAACGCUACCGGAGAUGGAAAAAGGUUGACGGAGUUAGAUUGGCCGAGCAGUGGAGAUCAAGAACUGUACAACUUGGGAAGCUCAGUAGAUCAAAGUUAUUGGAAUCAGAAUCAAUGGGCUGAUAACGAUCAACCUCUCUACAUCCCAUGAACACAAACCCAUCAAUCUCCUCAACCUUCACUCACUGCCUCAGUCUCACCAUUUUUGAGUUUUUAACAGAGGAAA